AAGAAAACAUCUUGUCCGCUAUAAGGAGUGCCAGUCAUCGCCAUCCGGGGAGAUACAUCUUCAUCUUUCUAGACUCUCCGGUUCUGCUUAUAAGUGCUGUUAUCUCUUGACUGGUGUUCACGGUUGGGCAAGCGGUUGCAUAUAUCUCAGGCAUAGACCAUCCUAGUACCAGAACAUCCACAAUGAAGGGCCUUGCUUUUGUGUGCGGCCUCCUGGCUACAUCUGUGUCUGCACACAUGCAGCUGUCAAAACCAUAUCCCAUCCGAAGCCCGUUGAACAAGGACGCAACUGGCGAGAAGGAUUAUUCGUACACAAAUCCGCUUUCUACCAGUGGUUCGGACUACCCGUGCAAAGGAUACGCCAAUGACCCAUUCACCUCUGUCGCCACAUACAGUCCAGGCCAGGAGUACGAGAUUGAAUUGGAAGGUAGCGCGACACACGGUGGCGGCUCCUGUCAGAUCGGUCUCUCGUACGACAAAGGAAAGACUUUCCGUGUGAUUCACUCCAUGCUGGGAGGGUGUCCAAUUGCAAAGAAAUACAAGUUCACAGUUCCCACUGAUGCACCAAAUGGAGAGGCCUUGUUGUCCUGGACGUGGUUCAACAAGGUCGGUAACCGCGAGAUGUACAUGAACUGUGCACAGGUCACAAUUGGUGGUUCCGCGAAACGUGCAAUCUCGCGUCGUGACAGCUUCGACAGUCUCCCAGAGAUCUUCCAGGCCAACAAUGCUGGCCCUGGCCAAUGCACCACCAUCGAGGGUGAGGAAGUGAACUUCCCACUACCGGGACCCUCGACAGAGGGAAGUCUUUCCGGCAAGGGCUACACUUGCAAGAGUUCCGCUUCUUUCCUAGGUACUUCCAACUCAGCCAACGCUGCUAUUAGCUCUGCUGCCCACGGCCCCAAGAGCUCCGCUCACAUUUUUGGCUCUGCUUCUCCGUCUGCAACGCCCAGUAACAGGGUCGCUUCCGCCUUUGGCACUUCAUCCUCCGCCCAUGUCGCUUUUGCCACGCCAUCCCCCUCGCAGCCAGCACGUGUCGAAUCGCACCCUCUCAAGCACCACGAGCCUAGCCAGGAAGACUGUAAAGAUGGUACCAUUAUCUGCGGCGAGGACGGUCAAACCUGGUCUAUGUGCAGCUUCGGUCGCCCCACCUUCAUGGGACCUGUUGCCGCUGGGACGCGCUGCCGCCACGGCGCCAUGCACCGCGUGUGGUGAACAUGAACUUGAACGCCUAUUCGCACCUUCUAAGUGCGUAUUCCUCGAUCAAGCUCGCCUGGCGCGAGUAUACAGCAUCUUCAUAUCCAUUGUCGAGGUAGUUCUUCACUGUUUCCAUUUUUAGUUUGGACCAAGGGCCUAUUUUAUUUUGCAACUGUUCUGUCUUCUAUUCUCAUUAGCCCACGUCCUGUGAUUUUGUAAUUUUCUC